AGCCUUUUGCCUCUUGUCAUUGAACCAAUCGCAGAGGUGGGGCCCCCCACGAUGAAUUGCUCAGUGCUAUCUCUUAAAGAAGAGAAUUUUUCUCUUCACUGUUGCAAAGAUCUCUUCGUUAAUUCUUUUCCCUGUGUCUCUCGUUUCUUGGUCUGGACCUAGGAUUUUACCUCCCUUGCUUCCUUCUUGCACCUCCCCACAACCAUCGACAAUAUGGGCCGUGAGGGAGACAGGGCUCCCACACCCCACAGUGCCGUCUCUACCGCGGUGAAAUCUGUUUCUCUGACAUCAGAAUCCCCGGACCUGGAGAAGCACGUGGAUUCGUCAUUUACCAUCCGCCGGGCUUCUGAUCCCAAGAGCGCCACCGUUGGGAGUAGUGAGUCCGUGAGCAAUGCGAAUUUCAAGCCGUCCGCGGACCAUACCCAUCGCAAGCUUAAGCCCAGGCAUAUCCAGCUAAUCGGAAUCGGAGGAACAAUUGGAACGGCUCUGUUUGUCCAGAUAGGCACCGGCUUGAUGAGUGGUGGGCCCGCGAAUUUGUUCAUGGCCUUCACCUUAUGGUACGUCUACUCCUAAGAUCGACCUCAGUUGGCUGAGGAAAAUCACCAUUCUUCUUUUUCUUUGUUCCACUUGUCUAUUUUAUGUAAUUUCUCUUAUGAUUAGCUUUGGCAAGCUAUGAUUUAUUGUUGUUUAUACAGAGACAACAAGUUUAUCUCAUGAUCUUUAUCGUAUGGUCCAUUUGCAAAUGUCUAGGUCGGAAAGGCUCUUAUGUUCAACUACUUAAGAGUUAAGGUAAGAAAGGCCGGGCUACUGAAUGCAGAGCGACCUUAUUUCUUUCAUUGGAUUGGAAUCCGCCAAACCAGAGAUUAUCGAUAGAAGCUUGCAAUGAACUUGUGCAUUUCUUUUCUGUCACUUGAAACAACUGGAAUCUCAUACCGAUCGUGAAAAACUAGGAGUACCUUUAUUCUGGCUGUUACUAUGUGCAUGGCUGAAAUGGUCACAUAUCUACCAAUCUCUUCACCUUUCAUCCGGUUCGCUGGUCGCUACGUGGACGAGGCGUUUGGCGUUGCCGCCGGAUACAAUUUUUUCGUCUUCGAAGCUGCCAUGGUGCCCUUUGAAAUCGUUGCUUGCAACUUCAUCAUCCAUUACUGGAGCGAUAUCGUUCCUGCUGCGGUCAUUAUUUCGAUCGUAAUUGUGAUCUAUGCGAUAAUCAAUUUCUUCGCCGUUCAUUGGUACGGGGAGUCAGAAUUUUGGCUGGCUAUAGGUAAAGCCCUACUCAUCAUCGCAUUAAUCAUAUAUACUUUCAUUGUCAUGCUUGGGGGCAACCCAAUCGGGGACCGUUUUGGAUUCCGGUACUGGCGUGACCCAGGGAGCUUUGCAGAGUUACAUAAGACGGGAGAUCUUGGCAGGUUUCUAGGAUUCUUACAGUGCCUAAUUCAGGCGAGUUUCACGAUUGCCGGCCCGGACUAUGUGUCAAUGGCUGCCGGUGAGGCCGAAAAUCCGCGGAAGUCAAUGCCCCGAGCGUACAAUGCCGUCUUUUACCGAUUAACGUCGUUUUUCAUUCUGGGAAGCUUGGCUGUAGGCAUCAAUGUACCCUACAACGACCCGACUAUGAAGGAUGCUUUUACCAAAGGUCUCCCAGGUGCUGCUGCAUCCCCGUACGUCAUAUCAAUGAACAGGCUGAAGAUCCCGAUUUUCCCGCACAUUGUGAACGCGAUGGUUCUCAUGGCCGCAUUCAGCGCAGGUAAUAGCUACGUUUACUGCGCCAGUCGGAGCCUCUACGGUCUUGCCCUCGAGGGCAAAGCACCUCGAAUCUUCACUCGUUGCACCAAAAACGGAGUACCGACGUAUUGUGUGAUGCUCGUUCUUCUAAUCGCCCUAUUGAGCUUUCUUCAAGUUUCCAACAGCGCCGGUGUAGUGUUGCAGUGGUUUGUCAGCCUAGUCACGGCGUCUCAGCUGAUCAACUUCUCAAUAAUGGCGUUCACCUACAUUCGAUUUAAGAAGGCAUGCGAUGCGCAGGGCCUGUCUCGCGAUUCCCUGCCAUUCAAGUCCCCUUGGCAACCGUUCCUAGCGUGGUACGCCUUCGUGGGUUGUGCUAUUAUGGCAGUUGUGGGUGGAUACACCGUCUUCUUGCCUGGUAAAUGGGACGUACCGACUUUUCUGUUCUCGUAUACGAUGGUCGCUGUUGUUCCAUUCCUGUUUAUUGGCUGGAAAGUCUUCAAACGUACCAGGUUUCUCAAGCCAACGGAAGUAGACCUGAUGCAAGAUCUAGAUGAGAUUGAAGAGUAUACGAGAAAUUUUGUCCCGCAGCCACCGAGGAACACAGUGGAAAAGAUCCUCGACAAGAUGUUUUGAUUUCUAGACGAUAUCCUGAACGGCGCAUCAAAACCCACCGUACGCGGCGAACUUUUUAUGGAAUGGAGAGGAUGGGCGGACAGCAUAAUUUUGACCAGUUUUCAACGAUUAUAGGGUAGAUUUAGGAAGCAAUUUGGUUUUGCAGUUGGGAACGACUCGAUGCGGGGCGCAACUAGUCGCCAAGGAUACGCUGGG